AUGUCAUCAAGCAACCUUCGCAUGUCAAACAAUUCCUUCCUCCUCAUCCAAACAAAACAAGCUGCCGUUCCCCUCCAUUCUCGCACAACCCUUCUCCUCACUCACCACCGCCUUACUCUCCUUCUCAUCAACACCGCUGGAAACUCCGCCUGCCUAAACGCUUCAGCCUCCUUCCUAAUCUCCCCAUCAUCGGUGGAGGCCGGCACGCAGCCGCCAAGCCGAGUCAGCAAAGUUGAGGCAGGCAAGCUUCCCUCUAAACACCAACUCAGCGAUGUCAUGGGCACGAGCCGCCAUCUCGGCCUUCAGAUAAGUCCCCGCGCCAUGUCCUGUGCUGCUUGUUGUUGGGUGUUCGAGCAAAUUUCUGCCCGGGGAAUAUUCGCCAGUAGAUUCUUGUCCUUCUCUUUCUUCUCCAUUGAUUCAUGUAAAACAAAUCCAGGUUAA